CUGCGAGCGCUUGAGGGAAUUUGGGGUAGCCCUUGAACGAGGGGGAAUGUGAAGCUUUUCACCAAACCCCAACCCCCUAUGCCCUUGUAUACACACCCCAAUUGUGGUUCUGCCAAAUGUCAUGCCGCAGACCGCCCAGUUGAUAUGUAUUGUCCAAUGAUAACUGAGGCGAUUAUAAUCUUCAUAUCCGUUCUUGGAGCCGAUUGUAGACUCUUGUCCACCUUUAAGCCACAUCACGAACUCUCUGCGUUGUAACCCACAAUACUAAUGGAGCACUGGGAGCCGAUCAAUACUAUCGCAAAUUCUAUAGCGCUGACGGCUAUGCAAACGCCCAUCUAGCCGUGCAAGCAUCCUUCUUCUCGUCCCUUCGAGCUUGAAGUCUAACUUGCUCUUUGCCGAUCGUUGAUCCCGGAGCCGGUGACCCCAGACCCGCUAUCCGCCGGGUAUCACCAAGCCCGUCCAAUACCCAUAUGAUGGCUGAACAAGCUGGCAGGCUGGGCAUGUGACAGCAUAUCUCAAUUUUUAUGGGAGGUUGAAAGCCGAUUGACUAAAUGAAAUUUCUAUUCAAGCAUGAUAAAACAUUGGAAUGAAACUAAGCGUCAGAGAACGGAGAACUCUACAAGAAAAAAGUAGAGCUGGUCACAAUUCCGUUCUACAAGUCUAUUUACAAUGAUGCUCCCUUUGCCUAUUGCUUAGGUGUUAGUUGUUGUCAGAAGAUUACAGUGAUACUUGGGGGCUUUUAUCUUGUAGACUUCUUAUUUACUUUGUUCUGUUUUAUUUUUUUUGUUUUUUUUUCCUCUUUCGUUAUUUCCCUUCUAUUUCUACUCAUAGUUUCUCGAAAUUGUUUUCUGAGUCGCAGAGCAUGCCUUGUUUUGUCUCCCGCUCGAAAUGGUCGUGAUAUCGUGCCGUGGUCGGAUUCAACCUGUGGCUGUAGUGCCCCGCAUCCGGCUUAUCGCCUUAUCGGGUCAGCCCCACCAGAACUUUUUUCGAAAAUCGCCAACCUCCACGACCGCCUAGCUUGAAGAUACCAAUAUCACAAUCUGGAAUAGCAUACUCCAAUAAUCACAUCCGUUCAAGUCACCGCAAAGAUGGGUGUCACAAACAAGAAAACAAUCACCAAGACAAGGCGCAAGACUCGAGACGUCGACCAGGUCAAGGCCGACCUCAUGUCACCCAAGCAUCUGAAGCAAUUCAUGGAGACAAAGGCUGCUGAGGACCUUCCCGGCCUUGGGCGUCACUACUGUGUUGAGUGCUCCAAAUGGUUCGAUACGGAUGCUACUCUGGUCUCGCAUCAAAAGGGAAAGCCUCAUAAGAGAAGAGUCAAGCAGAUCGCCGAAGGACCAUACACUCAACAGGAGGCCGAAGCUGCCGUCGGCUUGCGAACAGACAACGGCGACCGAAAGCGCACAUUUGCCGACCAAGAUAACGAUGUUGCCAUGGACGCCUAAAUCAUGUCCGAUAAAGUUCUUCAUAGCACGCUAAAAGGGGGAUAUAAAAUCCUAGGGCGCAUCGGAGCUGGGCUUGAUUUUUGACAUUGCAAAUGGCGUUUUGGAAUAUUUCUGUCGAUAUCCCGAUCAUAUUCACCUGACACCUCGACCGCGCGCUCUGGCCAGUCCACUAGGCCGGCUACGUCCAACACCACGAGUCGAUCUUCCCCGAGACGAUGUUCCUCGACCGGGAGCAGCAGGGAGACGUGAUUGUCGUUUUGGAGGCUCUGGUGUGGUGAAUUUGGAAGACUUGGUGGUAGUAGGUGGAUUCUCGACAAAGGACGUGUCAGUGGUCCUAGAGGCUAGUUAGAAGAGCCAAUAAAGGUUUUUAAAAAGAAGGACUUACAUGAACGUCAUUUCUGCAUCAGCCUCUGAUUUUGAUGGGGUCACAGCGGGUUGUUCUGGUUGAGUUCUGUCUCUGCGGAAAGAUUCUGGAACAGGUCCCUGCGAGAAUAAGUCUUAGAAUUACAAACCCGUACAUAUCCGAUACGGAUAGCUUCGAUAGACAUACCUCUGGGAAAUCAACACAGAAGGCAUUCAUGUUCAGGCCAUAAAGGAAGCUCGCGAACGAUUCGCUGAAUCUCGCUAAACUCUCGUGCAUAAGCUGAA